AUGGACAAGAGACGGGACAAGGCGGAUAUCGGCUCUCUUCGCCUCGACGCACCGCUGCGCGCUCGGAUCUGGCCGGCCGGCGGCUAUCAGCCGCACUGCAUCAUGGUGGCGGCGACGCCGGUCCACGAGCCGCACACUCUGUACGGGAUGGCGACAGGGAGGUUUGUGGAGGAGUACACUGGGCUCGGUGGCACGCUCGAGGCCGCGUAUGUGUCUACCAUCGCUGUGAUGGAUGCCAUGCGCGGGCGCGGACUCGCGUCGGUUCUGCUCGACGAGCUGAUGGCCGCCAUGCUCGCCGAUCCCGACUAUGGCGCAGCUGUCGAGGUUUUCCGCCUCCACGUCCUCGCCGACAACGUCGCCGCCAUCACUCUGUACUACAAGCAUGGUUUUGUCAUCCGCGAGUACCUACCGGAGCACUACGAGUUCCACAAUGCGCGGCACGACGCUUUCCUGCUCCAGCGCGACGCCUCGCUUGGCGCCUCGGUCCCGGUUGUACCUGAUGCACGGGAGCGGGCGGUGGCGGACAUGGCGGCGGCACGCUCGCUGCUCAACCGGCUGCUCCCACCGCCCGAGCUGCGGUCGUUGGCGCUGCUGGUCGGAGUGGCGCUGGUCGUGCUGGGCGGCGCGGCGUUUACCUUUUCGCUGCUCAUGGCGCGGCCGGUGGCGUGAGGCCUCCGCCCCGGCGGCGGAGCGGGCUCGCUCAAAGGCGAGCAGACUGCGUG